GAACGUGUUGUUGGUUUUGUUUGUCUUUCCCCAGCAUGUUCGGUGGCAGUGCUUCCACUCAGGUCAACGCGUGACCCCUGGCUAUGGGUUUGUUCGUUCAGCCGCACGUCAGGGCCCAAAGAUGAGUUUGCUCACCGACGUCAUUUACAACUUUUUGAUAUAAAUACAAGCUGAUGCUUUCGGGACGAUUGCUGUAAAAAAUGAAAGAAAAGAACAACAUGAGCCAGCAGGACUAGAAAGUCAGCUUAAUCCUAUCUCAAAUUUCGACCCAAGAACAAACCAAAAUUGCAGUAAAAGUUGCCGCAAUGGGUUGCAUGACAUCGAAACAAACCGGCCAGCGAUCUCUCGUCAAGAGACCCGCUGCUACAGCCCAGAACCCGCCAGCCACCGCCGACACCAUAUCCAGCGGCUCGACCGCGACCUACGUCGAGAAGCGGUGGUCCCAGCAGCCACCCGCCUACACCCGCGACGCCACCACCGCCGCGGCAGCGUCGACCAGCCCCGGAACAACGUCCCCCAUCACAUUCCCAAGCUCCUCCGUCCAGCCCGCCGACUACGCGGGCCUCACGCAGCACGAGCAAGGGCUGCGGGCGCAGGUCGAGGAGCGCAGGAAGCGCCGCGAGGAGGAGCAGAAGCGCGCGGCGGCCGAGUCGCGCCGCAGGUACGCCGCCGCCACGGCGCAGAGGCCGCACAAGGGAGGCCGUGGCUCCUCGGGCGGCGGUCGGAGCCGAGGCGGUGGCGGUGACGGCGGCGGUGGAGGGUUCUUUUUCGGGCCGAGCAUCGACUAUGGCGGUGGGAGCUCUUGUGGCUCCGGAGGGGGUGAUUCUGGUGGCGGUGGUGGGUGUAGUGGUGGUGAUGGCGGCGGCGGCGGAGGUGGUGGCGGUGGGGAGUAAGGACAUGGAGGCGUAUGGAGUGAUGCAGUGCUAGGGUCAAGAUGAUAGGGACUUUUUAUGACAUGACCGAUGAUACUCGGUGUUUAUUCAGGAAUCUCAUUAGUGGCAUAUUAACAGUACAUCACAAAGGCUCCCUUCCAAGUAUCUAUCCGCCCCACUUGGCUGUCGCCUGCUGAAAGGUAG